AUGAGCCUGGACGUGCCCGCCAUCGCGGCAGCCUACGACGCCGUCCGGUCGGACACGGAUCCGGUCAACUGGCUCAUCAUCGGCGACGAGAUCAGCAAGACGGGCAGCGGCAAGGCGACCGGAAAGAUGGCACUGCAGGCCACGGGCAGCGGCGGGCUCGCCGAGCUGGCCGACCGGCUGGACGACGCACAGGCACAGUACGGUUACGUGCGCGUGCAGUACGCCAACGACUCGGAGUCGACGCGGGUCAAGUUUGUGCUCAUCGUCUGGAUCGGCGAGCAGACCAGGGUCAUGCGCAAGGCACGCGUCUCCGUCGAGACCGGCGCCGUUCGCGCUGUGCUGCGCCACCACAGCAUCCAGGUCGACGCGCGCGACCGUGCCGACCUGGCCGAGGACGACAUCGUCGUGCGGCUGCGCAAGGCCGGCGGGGCCGACUACAACGGAGGGAGGGGGUAG